ACAGUUUUCGCGCGUCUUUGUUGUCAAUCCCGCCGAUUCGUCGUCGGAUUUAGAAGACAAUGCUGACAGUAGCGGAAUUGAUUGCGACGAUUCUUACGACAAAAAGUCUGAUAGUUUAGAAAUAAUCGGUUUGGAAGGUGUGCAGGAUGUAAAUCACUUAGAAGCAGACUUAAACGAAAAUGUGCCGCAGAUCAGUGAAGCGAGUAAUAUUGUUUUAGUAGAAUCCAUAAGUUUUUCCAAGAAACAUUCCGACAUUCCCUAUGGCAAUGAUAGUGACGAGGAAAGUGAUGAUGACGCCGAGAACCGGCCCAAUUUUAUAAAAUUUUGUGACGACAAUAUGCUUCGAAGUGAAACGUGUGAAAAAUUCAACAGUUUUAAUGCCAGCUCCAGCACUAAUAUAGAUAAUUGUGAUUACAAGAAUUGCGAUAAUAAUCAAAGUAUAAGUACCGUAUCAGAAAACUUGGAGUGCGAUUCGUUGGAUAAUAGUUUUAAUUCUGACAAUAGUAUAAAAGUAAAAGUUACGGUGAAGUUACAAGACGAAGUAUGCGACAACAAAACUUAUGAAAUUCAAAGCAAGUCUCCUGUCGCUUCGUCGUCCUCGGAGCUCCAACCUGAUGAAUCAAAAUCGGAGAGUGAAGAAAAAAUAGACCUGUUUAAAGGAAUUGAACGAACUCUCAGUGAACUAUUGAAGAAAGAAUUAUUGGAGGAGCAAGGGGAGGAGAAAACACACGGCGCGCGACCGGCGCGCGGUGACACGGAGGGGAGCGCGGGCGCACCUGUACUUGCGCCAGUAUGCCGCUCGCGCUCGCCCGAUGCGGACGGGUCCGCGCGCUUCACUAGCCGCGUUAUGAUAACGCACGAUCGAGUCUCCGUAGUCACGUCAGAUACGACGCGGCUCAUGCGGGACAUUACUGUGCACCACACUAACUCCCAAAACGAACUGGAACACGACGCAAGCGCAACAACCUCGCAAAACGAUACAAACGAACGAGUUUCUGACGACGAAUCUGCGCAGCCUUCGGGCGGAGUGACUGUUGUUAGCAACGCGGACACUCUCUCGGCGGUUGUGUGUCUCGAGGAGGGGCUGGCAGACGACGACUCGUGGGUCGAGGACGUCAGCCAUGACGAAGACGCUACCACUACUUCGGACAGCGAUUCCGGCGACGAAGCCUCACUUCCGACCCGGGGAGACGAUUUUGCCUACUGCAGACGUUCUUUAGACUUCACUUUACACACGAUCGUUGAAGAAAGCUGUGAGGAAAGCGAAGCGGAAAAUAAUACGAAGAAAUCUCGACCCAUAUCAGCCACUGAACUAGAAAAAUAUUUUUUCUUCGGUCUCGGUGACGGAAGAAACGUUCGCGAAGAUGAUGACCAAGUUUCGGAAACGUCUAGUGUAUGUAGUGAAGGUGGUGAAUCAAUUGUGGACAGUGAACAGCCGAAACGGAGUAACGACAAUGACGAACUCGUGUCGUCACGUUUGGAAAAAUAUUUCUUAUCAGGCUUCAUGGGCUUCAAUCAAGAGAGACGCGAUUCGGACGGGUCCGGCAGUGUCGGUAGUGAUAGUGAGGGUAAACAAAGCCCAGAGCAGCGGCGUAAACGGCUAGUGCGCGCUCGCGGAACGCCUCGGUCCCAUUCUUCUUCCUUGGAUAACUUGCUGACGGGUGACGAACCUUCUCAAGAUGCGCAGGAAGUGUCGGAUGGAUCUAGUACUGAAACAGAAGAUAGACAUGAGUCUCUCGAAAGGUUGGAUAUGCCAGGAGAGUCAAAAAGAAAAAAGCAAAGCAAAAAAACUAGAGGAUCACCCGGAGACGAAAGGCGACAGUCGAUGGAAUUUUCAGAAGAAACUCGUGACGACACGAGGUCUGUUUCGGAGGGCGAGGAUGGCAGGUCCACGCCUCGGCCCGAAUUCCCACCGCUAGGAUCUGAAUUAUCUGAAUCUAAAAAACAAACUAGUAGAGAUAGCGGUUUCGUAGGCAGCUGCGACGAUCUUCUCAGGAGUGGCGACUCGAGCGCCGAAUUUUCCCGAUCUCAUGAGCCUAAAACAGAGUUGGAAGAAAUUGUUGAAGAGAUGAGACCCGAUUUAGAUGAACGCGUCGAACGCCCACCGACCUCUCGUCCACCACCGAGUCCUUUGACGCGUAAAGAUAGUUUUAACAAUUGGUCAUCCGACGAAGAAACGAAUCUUAUGAUGACAAAAAUGAGACAAUUCUUUAAGCAAAUGAUAAAUUCAGGAAACGUUAGGACUUCUACCCCUGCCUCGACAAACUCCGAGAGCUCAAAGCCUCCGAAACCACCGCAACUUUUAUAUUUUGAAACCGAACUGACUAGAUUAAUGAAAACGGUUCCCGGUAUUCGCGAUGAAGAGGUUCGCGAAAUAGUGGAAUAUUUAUCAAGUGAAGACACGUGGAGCGAUUCCUACGACUCGUCCGACUACGCGGGAUCUGACUUGGAGGGCACGUCGGCUAACAGGUCCGCAUUAAGAAAACAAAUAUCGGACAGCUGUCGGGAAAUAAUCGACGAGUUCGAUCGUGGUAACGACGCUGGUUCGCUGGAGCGUGACGCGGUUGGGGCGUACCAGAAGUUGGCGGCAACGUUGGGCCGCGCUGGGGAAGGGUCGCCACCCUUGUUUGGGAAAGUUAUGCGACAUAUAGGUGGGCGGCUGGUGGCAUUAAUGCAUGAAGUGUCGGGCGGUGCGUCCCCGAGCACGGAUGAUGACAGCGCGUCAGAGCCGGGCGCGUUGGCAAGGAGUCGAUCUCACGAUAUUCUGGAAGCGACGGCGAGCAGGGGAAGCGUGGCAAGUGACUGUGAACGAUUUUCAUGGCGGGGCAGUUUCGAAUCUGCUUUGUUGGCCGCUGAUUCCCGAGGUACUUUAGGGGGGCCUAGUUGUGAGGCACGAAGAUCACCGGCCGGGGCGGACUUGGCUGCACAAAAGUCACAUUCUAGAAGUUGCGGCGCCAUCGCGGGUAGCGAGGACAGGCUGUGGCGCGGCAGACGGCGGGCUUCUGCCCCCGACGCUGAGUCUGAAGAAGAGGAGCGUGCGGGUUCACUGCCGCGAUUACCUUCCAUCACGGGCACGAACACAGUGCCAGCGGGGCCAGUGAAGUCGGCGAGGUAUAGGGCGCCCGGUUUCCGCAGCGCGACUCGUGCGGCCUCCGCGCCCGGCUUACACCUGCCCAGGAGACGCAGACCGGCGCCGACGCCGCACCAACCAACGCCGGCCGCACCUGCCUCAGCACCAAGUCUACAGGAUGAGGUGUACCUGUCAGAUAAUGCGACACUCUACAGUGUGGGCAGAGAGAUAUAUGUUAUUGUCCAAUACCAUAUGUGGUCACUCGGUACAUACAUGGGGGCGAGUGUGAACUGGAUGGACAGCACGGGCAAGGAGGUGACGCUCUGGCAGACCAUGCUGCAGCGACCCAACUUCUGGGUAGAGGGCUCCUUGCCGCUGCGGCCGCAACUCAACAACUAG